CUCUCUUUCCCCAGUGUAUUUCCGCGCCAUUAUGCUGACCCGUGACCUCAAGCCGUACGAUGACCCGGUGGACGUGUAUGUGCUGGACCCCCGCGGCCGCACGAUGCGUCGCUGGCCAUCAAUGCAGACCAGUCAUGGGGUGAUCAACCUGAACUUCGACCUGCCCGAGUACCCGCUGGUGGGACCAUGGACGCUGAGGGUGAAGGCCAGGACCCAGACGAACGACAAGAUAAUACAGGUGGAACACUACUUCAGGCCGCGGUUUGAGGUCUUCGUGCGACUGCCUCCCACCCUGAAGACAUCCGACGAGGUGGUGGAGGGCGUCGUGGUUGCCAACAUGACCAACUGGAGGGACGUCUUCGGGAACCUGACCCUCAAGCUGCAGUAUGCGCCGACUGGACACCACACACCCCACCCGCCUUACCUCAACUUGGCAGAUAACUUCACGGACGUCCACGAAGAGUUCAUCAUGCCCGUAUGUACACUUGUGGGUCACGCUAAUGGUCACACUGCUGGUCACACUAAUGGUCACACUGCUGGUCACACUAAUGGUCACACUGCUGGUCACACUAAUGGUCACACUGCUGGUCACACUAAUGGUCACACUGCUGGUCACACUAAUGGUCACACUGCUGGUCACACUAAUGGUCACACUGCUGGUCACACUAAUGGUCACACUAAUGGUCACACUGCUGGUCACACUGCUGGUCACACCAAGUGUCGCACCUGGGUCGCACUUCAGGUGGCAAUGGUCACACUGCUGGUCACUGGUCACACCUAA